AUGCCUCCAACGGCGGACGACCGCCGCGGCGCCCUGGAGGCGGCGCGCGGCGCUCUCCUGGCGGCCCUCGAGGCGGCGCGCGGCGCUCUCCUGGCGCGCGGCGGCCUCGCGGCAGGCGCGUCUCGCUCGGGCGCGCGGCUGCUGCGCGCGGCCGAGGGCCUGCUGCGCGCCGCGGUCGCCGAGCUGGCGGCACCGCAGGCGCACCCUCCCCCCGCUGGCGCUGCUGCGCCUGCCGCGCCUCCUCGGAGGCGGCGCAGGCCUCGCGGCCGCAGGGGACGGCGUGGCGCUGAGGGCGACGCCGACGGGGCCAAUGGCGGCGACGCGCGGCAGGACGAGGAGGGGCGGGGGGCGCUGGCGCGGCUACCCGCACGCCGCAGCGCGGGUUCCGGCGUGGACGUGGAUCUGCUGGCUGGCGCCCUCCCCCUGCGCGACUCGGCGCCCGCGGCGCCUGGGCGCGCGUCGGCCGACGCUCCUCCAGUGCGGCAGCGGGCGGUGUCUGCGGAGCCAGCUCGCGGAGCUGUCGCCGCCAUACCCUCGUCUGCCUCCGAUCUCGACGAUGAGUUCGCUGGCGAGCUCCGCGUCGCGGCCCCCUCGGCUGCCGCGGGCGCGGUGGCGUCGGUGGGCGGGGUGAUGGCGGCCUCGGCGGUCAAGAUCGGGCCGCACGGCGACUUCUGGGAGCUCGACGUGCUGCCGCCGCUGCUCCUCCGCGCCGUGGUCCUGGAGGUACUCUCCUCGGGGUUGUACUUCACGAUCCACGGGGUGCUCUGCACGGUCGGGGGCACGGCCGACCUCUUCGAUCGCUCGUCUUCCUUCCAGCUGGGCCACGCUGACGCCGUCGUCAUCUCCGACGAGCUGGUCGCCCACGCCUUCCUCGGGUGGGCCGACACCACAGAGGUCGAGGUGGAGUUCGUGCCCGUUGCCGCCACCUCAUCCAGGGUCUCGAGUGCCUCGGGCACUUCCGAGGAAGGAAAGGAGGACGCCGCCGCCUUCGCCAGCGCCUGCUCCGCCACGGGCAAGCUAGUGAACGACCGCAGGGGGCGGACGCCGAGCGGAAGGAGAGUCGCAGGCCCUGUUGCCACCAACAUCGGCAUUCACCAGAAGAGCUCCGUGGGCCUGCUGGGCGCGCCGGUGGCGAGGCGCCAAAUGAGCAUGGAACGCAGCCUGGACAUGAGGAAGUACCUCGCGAGAGUGCGGGAGUUCUGCACGAUGAGGCUUCUCAGGAUGGUAGUGUUCGCGAAUGCGCUGGGGGGUCCAGCCAUAGCGUGGGUGCAGCCUCAGAGGAAGUUCAUCACAAUGUCUUUGGCGUCAUCGAGAAUAUGUCGGGUACUUUUCGGCUUGGGCGAGCUGGUAGUGCAGAGUUGGCUCACGGCGAUGGUGGAUGGCAAGAUGACGAAUUAUCAGCUGCUGUCAGAGGCUUUCGGCGUCUUGCAAGAGCUGGACCAGCUCGGCACCGCCGUGCGCGAGAGCUUCCGCGUCACCCUGGACGACCUGCUGCCAAAGGUCAGGGCCGACUCCGGCGCAGCCACCUUCACCCCCUUCAAUCCAGGCGGUGCUUCUGGCCUCAAGGACCUGAGCCUCAAGAGCGACGGCACCUCGGGGUCUCAGCCUCCGUCGGACCGCACGAACAGCACCGGCACCGGCGGCCAGUCCCCGCCGCGGAGCCCAGCCGACUGGACGCCCGCGAGCCCGAGCCCGAGCCCGUUCCUGCUGCCCGCGGGGCUCUCCUCUGUGGAUCCGCUGGAGAUGCCGUCGCCCUUCUCGCUGGCGCAGUCGACGCCGGCGACGCCGACGAUGACCUUCAGCGCCCUGCCGCCCAGCAGAGCGAGCCGGAAAGAUUGGCGGAGGUCCUUCGUGGAGAAGACCACGAAGGCCAACCGCAAAAUCGAGUAUCUCCACGAGUCCCAGUGCAGGGACACGACCGAGGUUAACGACGCGAUAGAGGAGGCGAUGAAGGCUCUGGAGGACGGCAUAAAGCCCCAUCUGGUAGAGGACGGCCUCGGGGGCACUUACUUCGUCAAGGGGCGCCGGGGGGAGUCCAUCGCGGUCUUCAAGCCCAGGGACGAGGAGCCGCUGGCACCGAACAAUCCGAAGGUGCACGCCAGCAGCGGCGCGAUCACGGGGCUCAAGGAGGGCGUGCUGGUGGGCGAGGCAGCCAUCAACGAGUACACGGCUUUUCUCAUCGACCAGGCUGCGGGCGCCUCGAUGCGCGCGGGGGUCUGCCCCACGGCCCUGGUGCGCAUGGAGGACUCGGCCUUCCACUCCGCCAACGAGGACCGCCACAGCGCCUUCCGCAAGAUCAAGGACAAGGUCGGCAGCUUCCAGGUCUUCGCGCAGCACGACUGUACCUCGGAGGACAUGGGCCCCGGCCUCUUCCCCGUCGACCAGGUGCACCGCCUCGCGGCCCUGGACAUACGGCUGUGCAACACCGACAGGCACGCGGGGAACAUCUUGGUGCAGACGCGCGGCGGGGAGGUGACGGGCCUGGUACCCAUCGACCACGGGUACGGCCUGCCAGCCGCUGUUGGCGAGGCGACCUUCGAGUGGCUGUCCUGGCCAGCGGCGAAGGAGCCCUUCGGCGAGGCGAUCCGGCGGGACAUCCUCACGAUCGACGUGGAGGCCACGGAGGCGAUGCUGCGGAGGCGCGUGCCCAUGAUGCGGGCCGAGUGCCUCCGCACGCUGCGCGCGUGCACCGCGCUGCUGCAGCGCGGCGUGGAGGCCGGCCUCACUGCGUACGACAUCGGCACCCUGAUGGUCCGGCAGGACACGCCGAUGCUGAUGGGGCGCAUCCCCGGCCAUCGGAGAUGGAGACCCUGA